AUGGUACAGAAAAUUACACAACUUUGUCUAAAAAAGUUAGGACAGUUUGUAGAAGAUAAAGGAAAGUUCCAAAACCCACAGCCUCUUCCUGCGAUCUGGUCCACACAUAGCACCCCACCUGGAAGGAUGAGGUCAAAACGGAAGAAAGAGAACAAAGGAAGCGACAGGGAAGAGAAGGAUGAAGAGUGA